UUGGUAGUUCUGAUUGGUAUUAUUAUAUGUCAAUCUUUUGUCGUCGAUAUGUAAUUUUUAGAAAGAAUAAAAGAGAGUUUAUUUAUUAUCAUUUUGACUUAAUGUUAAUAGAACUUUUUAUUAAAUAUUUAAUGAAUAUAUUCUUUCGUGUAAAUGCAACUACAGCGCCUCUCUCGUCUAUAUUAAAAUUAACCGUACAGUAAGAAUCGAAUAUUUUGCAAAGUAAAUAUGAAAUAAUUGUUUGAUUAAUUUUACGCGAACGAGUUCUUACAAAGUUCAUAUUAUUUAAUAUUCUUAUAUCACUGGCAAUAUUACAAUUAAUCGUUGUUUAAAGAAAAUGGCCGAGAGUAAUAACAAAAUGUCAAAGGAUGUUUCCUCUGUGUCAGAAGAUACCGAUGAAAAGACGACAGAUAUUAGUCGUUACUUUAAUAAUGCACCACGUACAAUUUUUGACGAUAUCGUGGCACCGAAUGAACAAAACUAUUUUAAUACUGUAUCAGACUCUGAGGAUGUUUCAAGGUUUAAUUCACUUUUAAAUUGUGCAACGAAUGAUUUGUUUUCUGUAGAUACUUUAUUAGAUAAUGAUCGAAUCUCGGAUCAUACGACGCACAAUAAUUUACAUAGAGAUACUUGGAUACCAUCGGAACGUACUCGUAAAAUUUUACGAUCCAUUGCUACAUCCACAGUAGGUACUACUUUUCUCGAGAGAGACAAUUUAACAAUGCCAGGAUUGGCGUUGCAAGGAGAUAUGCCGGAUUUAAUAAAAACUGCUGUCACCCAUUUUCUUGGGGAAGAUGAAGAGAUGCAAAGAAAUGUACUUACCGCCUCAGAUGUCACACAAGACGAACGUGGACUGAGAAAAUUAAUACAAACUGGUUGUUAUAGAGCUGCCAUUAAUUUAUCUGGAAGACUUAUUUCCAUCUAUGCUCAAGGUUAUGGAAAAAUAAAUCAAUCAAGUAAACAUACUCCACAUUCUUUAUAUUUAUGGUAUACGAGACUUUCCUUAUUAGCAAAGUUAAAACAAAAUGAAUUAUUAGAAAAAGAAUCUAAGCCAUUUGGUGAUUUGGAUAAGCCAGACAUGUAUUUUACAUUUUAUCCAGAAUUAUAUGGUACUAAACCAGGUUCCAUGGCUUCAUUUGCCUUUAGAUUACUUUUAGCAGAAGUCCCGUAUUAUUAUGGGAAACCAAAGGAAGCAUUAGAUAAACUACAUAAAGUUUUAAGCGUUGUCAAUGAAAUUUUGUCAAAUUUACAAGCUGACCUUAUCAGGGAAGCUAAUGAUACCAAUGUUACUAAUACAGAACAGAAAGAUGCUAUUAAAUUAUGGUCACGCAGAAAAUCAAGAGUAUUAAUAUCUAUCAUUAACUGUGCAGUUGGAAUGAAAAAUUACAUUUUGGCAGUAGAUAUAUUAGAAGAAUUAAGCAAAUCUCAUGAUUGGACGACAGAGCAAUUACAAAUAUUUCGAUCUAGCAUAGGAAGAAUAUAUUUGUUUCUCGGGGAUGUCUCUACAGCUGAGAUAUUAUUAAAUAAUAGAAUUAUUCAGACAACUACAACUACUGUUAGAGAAUUGGUAGAUAGAGGCUUAAUAGCAGUCGCAAAAAAUUCAUUUCAAGAAGCAUUUAAUUAUUUUCAAACUGCAUCUACUAUGGAUCCCUCUAAUGUUAUGCUGAUAAAUAAUAUGGCUGUUUGUCUUCUAUAUACUGGUCAGCUUAAAGCUGCUGUACAUUUGUAUGAAAAUGCAGUGGCAAGAAAUCCUAUGAAAAGCUUACAAGAACCAAUUUUGUUGAAUAUGUGUACUUCCUACGAGUUACAUACAAAUCAUUGUAAACAGACCAAAUUACAUUUACUUCGACAGCUAAAUAAAUAUAAAGGAGACGCUAUUGAUAUCCAGUGUUUAAAACUUGGUAUGUAGUUAAUACGAAAGAAGAAGUUUCUUAUGAAAAUUUAAUUAGCAUAAAAUGGCAACCAACGAGAUAUUUAAUAUAAAACAGUAUGUAUAUAUAUACACUGUAUAUUUUAGAAUAACUCUAUCUCCUGGACAAAUUGUCUUGGAAAAAUAAACAUUGUUUCACAAGAUCAUAAUGUGGUCGUGAAUAUAAUACAUUAAGUUUAAUUUUAAAUAGACAUUAAAAAUGUCUUAUCAAUUGUACAGAAACGUAUAUGAGAAUAAAAUCUAAUGGUCAUUUGAAUCUCAUGAAUAUAACAUCAUAGAGGAAGAGAUGUAUCAAAAAAUAAGAAAUUCUACAUUAGCGUCAAAGUAAAAUAGCUUUUAUUACAUCGGGAAACGAAGACAAUUUAACGAACGAUCAACAAGUGCUAAAGUUCAUCCUUCUUUCUCUCUUUUUCUCUUUCUAUAUCAAAUCCUUCCUUCGAUUCCUGUAUUAUUUUUUUUUCUUAUCAUCUAUUCUGCCAUUAUUUCCUUCUCUAUCUCUCUCUCUCUCUCUCUCUCUCUCUCUCUCUCUCUCUCUCUCUCUCUCUCUCUCUUUCUCUCUUUCUCUCUCUCUCUCUCUCUCUCUCUCUUUCUCUCUACUUAUUACUCUUACCAAUCCUUUUCCUAACAGUUAAUUACGAAUUCUUCCUACUCAUUAUUUAUAUAUUUCAUUAUUUUUUUUUUCUUUUUUUUUUUUCUUUUUUUUUUUUUUUUUUUUUUUUUUUUUUAUUGACUUAUCCAAAAGCGUGUUGUAACGUUUACUGAAAAUAUAUACUACGUAAGAAUAGGAAUACGUCUUGAAUUUCGUUCAUUUUCAUUCAUUUUACGAUUAUCGUGCGUUACUGUUAAGCAUAUACUCUAUAUCUUUUUCUUUUCUUUCUCUCCAUAUCUCUUUCUCUCUCUCUCUCUCCCUCUCUUUCUCUCUCUCUCUCUCUCUCUCUCUCUCUCUCUCUCAUCCUCACCUUUCUU